UCUUUGUGAGAUCUCCUGCGGGAAACCACCAGAUUUUGUUUCUGUAGAGCAGAAGUAGCAGCAGUAGCAGUAGCAAGUUGUCCAUAUCGUCUAACAAUGGAGAUUCAGGAACAAGGAAGAAGCGUUUCUCAAGUUCUCUACGAGACUCGUCGUCACGCUUCUAGACCUUACUCUUCCAAUUACCCUCCUAUUCAUCAUCAGCUAAAUGAAGGCACUAAAGGAAGUCUCCUCAGGUUUCUUUCCACGCAAGGCCUCAGCGAGUUUAGAGAAAAAUGGACCACAAAUAGACAUCCACAGAAGUUAAGCAAAUGGAUAUCAAUGUUUAUAUCUCCAAGUGGCGAACAUGUGGGUAUAGCAGUUGGAAAUGAGAUUACAAUCUUACAGAGGGAUGAUAAUUACCAAGAGCCUUGUGGGAUAUUUACUAGCAUCACUCAUUUUUGCUCUGUGAAAUUAGGCAGCCACCCUGUCACGUACAUGCUUGGAGCCUGGUCAGAGAAUCAUGGUGUUUUGGGAGUUUUUGACAAUACAGAUACUCUCUAUUUUAUAAGAGCAAACGGUGAAGAGAUAACCAGAGUUACAAAGCAGCAUUUAAAAGUGCCUUUGCCGAUUAUCAGUUUUGUUAUUCAUGAUGAUAAGGAUAUGACAAAGUCUUGCUUGUGUACCUUUAGCAUACUUGCAUCAGAUGGUUCGGUUCAUGAUAUUGAGAUUAGUCAGGACCCAAGUGCCUCCAUCUCCACAAUGAGCAGCUCAAACGUUGGGUCAUUGUUACAGAAGCAAUUCCCUCAGAAUGUUUUUUGUUGUGGUUACCAUCCAGAUAGCUCGUUGCUUGCUGUUGUUAGUAGUACUGUUAGCAUCACAUCGACCUCCAGCGUUAGCAUUGGACCUUACAGUAUUUCUCUUUGGCAAUGGUGUAGACAAUCAGGCUUACUGCAACUGGCUUCUGCUGAGUUUGAAGGUCUCUAUGCUAGAACAAAAGGUUAUGCAGAUCAAAUAUCAUCUCCAAAGGUUCUAUUCUCACCACAAGGAGAAUUUGUUGCUACAUUGGAUUUGAGAGGAUGCUUGGUCAUCUAUAAGCUGGAUGAAGAACGCUUGCUUUCAGCAGUUUAUUUCAAACAAAAAAAGGAUCUGAGCAAUAUAGUAGAUUUUACUUGGUGGACUGACCAUAUCCUUGUCAUUGCUACUAGGAGUGGCAACAUCUCUAUGAUUGACAUCCACAGCGGUGUUAAGGUAUUGGAGAAUGAUUGUCUAUACUCUUUGCCUAUUUUAGAACGAGUACCAAAGUUGCCAGGAUGCAUAUUUAUUCUAGAAACCAGAUCAUCUGAAAAGAAUUUUCAACCAUCGGAUUUACUUCUCUUUGAGCCAGUUACCAUGGAAAAAUAUAAGCAGUUUGACUCUGCUAAGUUGCAAUGGAGCUUGAUGUCAUUUUCAAAAAGAUCCGUUGAGGAACUGUAUGAUAUUUUAAUUAGCAGUCACCAGUUUCAGGCUGCAUUAGAGUUGGCUGAUCGUCAUCGGUUGGACAAAAAUGAAGUGCUUAAAGCACAGUGGUUGCAUUCUUUACAUGGAGUAAAUGAAAUUAGUAUGUUACUCUCACUCAUUGAGGAUCAAGAUUUUGUACUUUCCGAGUGUUUAGAAAGGGUUGCACCAACAGAAGAAGCAGUGAGGGCUUUACUUACUUAUGGUCUCCGCUUAACAAACCAUUACAUAUUCUCUGAGGUGGAAGAUGAAGAGGGUAGCCCAAGCUGGGAUUUCCGUUUGGCAAGACUUAAGCUGUUGCAAUUCAGAGACAGGCUGGAGACAUUUCUUGGGAUAAACAUGGGAAGGUUUUCUGCGCAGGAUUACAGCAAAUUUCGAUCAUUGCCCAUCAAUGAAGCGGCUUAUGCACUUGCGGAAAGUGGGAAAAUUGGAGCUUUAAAUCUUCUUUUCAAGCGCCAUCCUUAUUCAGUAUCUCCUUGCAUGCUUGAAGUUUUAGCUGCUAUCCCUGAGACAGUCCCCAUACAGACAUAUGGACAGCUGCUUCCUGGAUGUUCUCCUCCUCAGGUUACUGCUCUAAGAGAAGAAGACUGGGUUGAAUGUGAAAGGAUGGUAAGUUUCAUCAAAACACUCCCAGAGAAUCAUGAGAGUCGCAUUCAGGUCAGAACUGAACCAAUUGUGAAGCGGUUAAUGGGAUUUACAUGGCCAUCUACUGAUGAACUAUCUAUCUGGUACAAACAUAGAGCUAGAGAUAUGGACACCCUAAGUGGGCAGCUAGACAACUGCUUAUCUUUGGUUGACUUUGCUUGCCGCAAGGGUAUAAAAGAAUUGCAACAGUUCCACGAGCUUAUUUUGUAUUUGCACCAUCUUGUUUACUCUGCUGGGGAUGAUCAUGAUAUGAAUUUUAGCAUGAGCCUAACUACCUGGGAACAGUUAUCUGACUAUGAAAAGUUCAAGUUGAUGCUUAAGGGGUUCAAUGAGGAAAAUGUUAUAAAAAGAUUACAAGAUAGAGCAGUACCAUUUAUGCAGAAAAAAAUUGGCAUUGUGGCCCUUCCUUGUAGGGAUGAAGUGGCUGAUGUACCGGCUGAUUCAUUUUUGGUUAAAUGGAUGAAAGAAGUUGCUACGGAGAAUAAGAUCGAGGUCUGCUUGAUUGUUAUUGAAGAGGGGUGCAAGGAGUUUGGUGGAAGCAACUUUUUCAGAAAUGAGGCAGAAGCAGUAGACGGUGCUCUUCAGUGUUUGUAUUUGCUUACUGCUACUGAUAAGUGGAGUACCAUGGCCUCAAUAUUGUCUAAACUUCCACAUUUGCAUGGUUCUGAAGUAGAAGACCUCAAAAAGCGACUUAAACUUGCAGAAGGUCAUGUUGAGGCUGGAAGGCUUUUGAUGGUGUACCAGGUCCCGAAGCCAAUUGCUUUCUUCCUUGAGGCACAAUCGGAUAGCAAGAGCGUGAAACAAAUUCUUCGUCUUAUACUUUCAAAGUUUAUCCGCCGACAACCUGGUCGAACGGAUAAUGACUGGGCAAAUAUGUGGCGAGAUUUUCAGUCCCUGCAAGAAAAGGCAUUUUCUUUUGUGGAUUUAGAAUACAUGUUGAUGGAGUUCUGCCGGGGACUGCUAAAAGCUGGGAAAUUCUCACUUGCUCGAAACUAUCUGAAAGGCUCUGGUUCGCUGGUUUUGCCAACUGAGAAGGCUGAAAAUAUCAUCAUUCUGGCAGCAAGAGAGUAUUUUUUCUCAGCUUCGAGUCUAUCUUGCUCAGAAAUCCGGAAAGCUAAGGAAUGUCUGAAUAUUCUUCCAAGCAGUAGAAAUGUUAUGCUAGAGGCAGAUAUUAUUGAUGCACUUACAGUUAAACUCCCACGAUUGGGGGUGAACAUUCUGCCAAUGCAAUUUAGGCAAAUCAAGGACCCAAUGGAAAUCAUCAAAUUGGCCAUCACCAGUCAAGGUGGGGCUUAUCUUAAUGUUGAUGAACUUAUUGAAAUAGCCAAGCUUCUAGGACUCAAGUCUCAGGAUGAGAUAUCAGCCGUUCAAGAGGCUAUUGCAAGAGAAGCAGCAGUUGCUGGAGAUCUUCGACUUGCUUUUGAUCUAUGUCUUAUUAUGGCAAAGAAGGGGCAUGGUCCUGUUUGGGAUUUGUGUGCUGCACUGGCAAGAGGUCCUGCCCUUGAAAACAUGGAUAUUAGCUCUCGGAAGCAACUUCUAGGUUUUUCUUUGAGUCAUUGCGAUAAGGAUUCAAUCGGCGAGCUUUUACAUGCAUGGAAAGAUCUAGAUAUGCUAAGCCAAUGUGAAAAAUUGUCUAUGCUGACCGGAAAAGAUGUUCCAGAAUUAUCAGGAAAUGGUUCCUUCACCCCCGAUCCAAUGCACAAUACUCAUGAUAUAGUUGACCUAAUCGAUUCAUCAGGCCAGAUCAAUGCAAAUCUUAAUGUAGAACAAAAAGCGUAUUUCAGUACCAUAAAAAAGAGGCUCUCUGAUGUAGCGAACUUCCUAUCUUCAGAAAAGGAUUCUGAUUACGAUUCUCUGCUCAGAGAAAAUGGUAAAAUUUUGGUCUUUGUGGGUUUACGCCUUCCAUGGUUACUUGAACUGGGUGAAGCAGAGGAAAAUGGUAAAAAGUUUGUUGCUGGAUCGGUUUCUGGGAGGCUGCACAUGAGUGUUGGAACGCAAGCAAUGGCAAUUAUUUUAUCGUGGUUGGCAAGAAAUAACUUCUCUCCUAGGGACAAUCUGAUUGCCUCUCUUGCAAAAUCAAUUAUGGAACCACCUGUUACAGAAGAGGAAGACAUUCUAGGGUGCUCGUUCUUACUAAAUCUUAAUGAUGCCUUCUAUGGUGUACAAAUAAUAGAAGAACAAGUGCGAUCAAGGGUAGACUACAAUGAAAUAUGUAGCAUGAUGAAUCUUGGAAUGAUUUAUAGUCUGCUGCACAACUCAGGUGCUGAGUGUGAGGGUCCUGCUCAAAGGAGAGAAUUGCUGCUACGAAAGUUCCAACAGAAAUACACUUCACUAAGUUCAGAUGAACGCAACAAAAUUGACCAAGCACAGUCCUCAUUUUGGAGAGAAUGGAAAGUGAAAUUAGAGGAACAAAAGCGAGUGGCUGAUCAUACGAGAGCAAUUGAGCAAAUCAUUCCUGGUAUUGAAACAGCACGUUUUCUCUCUGGAGACCUCGACUAUAUGGAGAGUGUAAUUUUCUCCUUUGUCGAGUCGGUAAAAACAGAGAAAAAGAGAAUCCUGAAAGAUGUUUUGAAAUUAGCUUCGGACUAUGGCUUAGAUCAAACCAAGGUGUUGUUGAAAUUCCUUUGUUCAACCCUUCUUUCCGAGAUUUGGACCAUUGAUGAUAUCAAGUCUGAAAUUUCAGAAUUUGAAAGCAAAAUACUCGAUUGUGCCAAGGACGUCUUCAAAACGAUCUCCUUAUCUGUGUACCCUAAAAUUGAUGGGCGGAAUAAAGAACGCCUUGCUUACAUAUAUGAGCUGCUCUCCACUUGUUUUGCAAGGGUUGAAGAAAAGAAAGGGUUGUUGGCUGUUAUUGGCGCAGAUCCAGAACAUUUAAGCAUCGAUGAGCUAGAUAGUUUUUACAAGAUUAUGGAGCAAGAAUGUAGUAAACUUUCUUUCAUUGAGGAUCUGAACUUCAAAAAUAUUGCUGGUUUAUGUGGUCCAAACCUGGAACGUGUUACCAACGAGGUGUACGCUCACGUAAAUGAAAAUAACGUUGAACCACUGGCAGAAAUGAUGAAGACCCUAACUGGGAUCUUCCGAGAUACGGUUCCCGAGGGUCUCGUACCGUGGCCGUAUGUGUAUGGAUAUUAUGUAUCUAGUUCAUUAACAGCUCUCGAGAGUAAAGCUAAAUCAGAAAUCCAUUUUCAGAGCCCUGAAGCCCUUCAGUCCUUCAUCAGUGAAUUAGAGCUUACCUACGAUAGAUGCAAAAAGCAUAUCAGACUCAUUGCUUAUCCUGGUGCUUCUGUAAUGGGGAUAUUGAAGAAGUUUUUCAAGAUAACUCCAUCUCUGAAUGAUAGUUUCGAUAGUCUUUCCUACGAUUUGAAAUGGAACGAUGGCCUGCUUAUGCUCUUAAAUUUCUGGCUCAGAUUGAUCGACGAUUUGCAGAAAUUUGUAUCAUCGAAUGAUCUAGAAGGGAAGUUCUCUCCUGCCUGUGUGAUGAUCUGCCUUGAAGCUUUUGUCAAAUUGGUGAAGGACGGAAAGAUCUCGACGACCGAGGGAUGGGCGUCUAUUUUCGCUUAUAUCAACUUUGGCCUUGUGGGUGAUGUGUACACUGAAAUUCUCAAUUUCUGCAGAUCGAUGAUUUUUUCAGGUUGUCGAUUCAAGGCAAUAGCGUAUGUGUAUUACGAAGCCAUUUCACAUUUUUCUCCCGAUCCAUCUUUAUCUGGUGAGAUUAGACGGCAUUACGAAAAUAUCAUGGACCUCCCCCAUCUUUAUAUAAGAAUCUUGGAAACUAUCUUGCGGGAUUUGGCCGGUGGCGCUCUUGACCACCAGUAUCUAUAUCGUGUCUUAUCAAGUUUGAGUGACUUGGAUGGUGAUCUCGAGGAUCUGAAGAAGGUUAGGAGUACGGUUUGGGAUCGACUGGCCAGGUUUUCUGACAACUUGGAGAUCUCGAGUAACAUUCGAGUUCAUAUGCUGGAACUUAUGCAAUUUAUAACGGGAUUGGGUACGAAUUCGACCUCCUUCUCUACCGAGCUUAAAGUCAAUGUCGUACCGUGGGAUGGGUGGGAUAAUUUGGGAAGUGUAAGUUCAAGCAGCGAAGAUGCAGCCAAUCAUGAAGCGCAGAGGGUAACCGAUGCGUCUAACAGAUUCACACAUACCUUGAUUGCCCUUAAAUCAUCACAGCUAUUAUCAACCAUCUCCCCAAACCUCGAGAUAACUCCCAACGACCUUUCUACUGUUGAUUCCGCAACUUCUUGUUUCUUAAAGCUAUCUGAUAAUGCUGUUUCACGAUCCCAUAUCGAUGCUUUGAUAGCCGUAUUAGGAGAGUGGGAAGGGUUUUUUGCUACCACGAGUGCGGUAGAGGAGAUGAAAGACUCGGAACAAAUACCUAAUACUCCUGGAUCUGAAUGGGGCAACGAUGAUUGGGAUGAAGGAUGGGAAAACUUCCAGGAAGAAGAAUCGGUCAAGAAAGAAACGAGAAAUGUCGAUAAUACCCCUUCGGUUCAUGUAUUGCACGAGUGUUGGGAAGAGAUAUUCAAGAAGCUAGCAUCGUUAUCGGAAUUCAACGACAUGCUGAAAAUCGUCGACCAAUCUGGUCCAAAAGGAAAUGGGAUAUUAUUGAACGAGGAUGCUACUCGCAACUUGACCCAAUCGUUACUUGAGGUAGAUUGCUUCAUAACUCUUAAGAUCGCCCUUUUACUUCCGUACGAGAAUAUACAAUUGGAGUGUUUAGGUGCUGUUGAGGACAAACUGAAGCAAGGAAAUAUACUGGGCCCGGUUUUAAACGACCACGAGCUGUUUGUUUCUUUGUUGUUCUCUGGAUUGAUAUCCACCAUCAUCACCAAACCUUCAUACGGAAACACCUUCUUGUAUCUAAACUAUAUGGUCGGAAGCUUGUCUCGUGAUUGCCAAGAAGCUCAUUUCUCGAGGCUCCAGCACAGAAACGGUGACGAUAAGAAAGACAUUUGGUCGGUUUUCAAAACGGUUCUGUUGCCUUGUUAUCUAUCAGAGCUUGUGAAGGCCAACCAAGUGGUGUUAGCCGGAUUAGUUGUUACAAAAAUCAUGCACACAACCUCUUCUCUCGGUUUGAUCAAUGUAGCGGAAGCUAGUCUUAGGAAGUACUUAGAAAAGCAGCUUAACAUUUUACAAGCCGACGACUUCAAAUUGAAGGAGUGUGAACCGAUCGUAAAUACGGUUGCGGGAUUGAGUAGCAGGUUGGAAAGUUUGAUCAAAUCUGCACUUGCGUUGCUGUCGCCAAAUGAUGUUAAAAGGUAAUGUGCUAAUGAAAUUUGAUAUCAUCUUUUAUUUUAUGUAGAUAUGAUUUGUUUG